GUUGAAAGGAAAGGCUUCCUGUAGCAGCAGUCUAUUCCCUGCUGUGCUAAGUUUCUAAGUUCUGUAAAUUAUGCGGUGAGCAGAGCAGAAGUAGCAGGCUUCAGUGCUGUGUGGCUAAGAAAAGGAAAUCAGUUCAGUUAAUAGACUGAGGGUGGAAAAGGACCCUUAGCAAUAAUGUUUUACCAAAAGUUGUCCCAGCUGAAGCUGCAAGGAGCAGAAAUAGGACUGUAGGAAUUAAAACCAGUUCUGCCUUUGCUGAUUUUGGCCAUUCUGUGUCUUCUCCACCCACAGCAUGAAGAAGCCAGACCUGAAGGUUGUGUUGCUCGGGGACAUGAAUGUGGGAAAGACCUCCCUACUGCACAGGUAUAUGGAGAGAAGGUUUCAAGACACUGUAAGCACAGUCGGCGGAGCUUUCUAUCUUAAACAAUGGGGGCCCUACAACAUCUCCAUAUGGGAUACUGCAGGACGGGAACAAUUUCAUGGCCUGGGUUCUAUGUAUUGCAGAGCAGCCUCUGCAGUAAUCCUGACCUAUGAUGUUAGCAACAUGCAGAGCCUUCUGGAACUAGAAGACCGGUUUUUGGGACUGACUGACACAGCUAGUGACGACUGUAUCUUUGCUGUGGUGGGGAACAAAAUCGAUCUCACUGAAGACUAUAACUCCGAUAGUGACAUCGAAGGUGAAAGGCCUCGAACCUCCAGCAAGAUCCGCAGACAAGUUAAUUUAGAAGAUGCGUUUGCUCUUUACAAGAGAAUUAUGAAAUAUAAAAUGCUUGAUGAGAACGUUGUCCCAGCUGCAGAUGCAAAGACUGGAUACAAUGUUGAUGUUCUUUUUGAAGGUGUUUUUAAUAUGGUCAUACCUCUGAUUGUUAAGAAAAAAGCAAGUGGACUUGACGAGACUGUAAACCUUGCACAAAGUAAACCCAACAAAUCAAAAAGUAGGUGCUGUAAAUGAUUGUCUGCAGUUAUCUUUUGAAUGUAGUCCAACAUUUCAGAAGAUCCCAGUUAGUAACAAACUGACUGAUAACUUAUAUUGCUGAAAAAGAACUUAGGCUACAGCAGCUGGUCCCUAAGAUUGGGGCAUCCUACCUAAAUACAGAAGGCUCAGUAGGUAACACAAAACAAUGCGGGAAUAGCAGGAGUUCUAAAGUCUUAUAAAUCAACUCCAACCUGCUUUCUGUGGUAAUGGUCCUGCAUCUGCUACAUGUUAUUGAGGUAAAAUCAUUCAACUAAUGGGCAAUUUAUCUGUGGUAGCAAUAUUUUGAUACAUUCACCAGUUGCCAUCCUGCAGUAUGACAUGUAUAAAAGGAGGAACAACGCUAAAGGCUAUACUACCUAAUGAAACACAAGAUCACUGCACAUUUUCUUUCUGGAAAUAUUUCACAGGAAUUCCAUUUCUCACUAACCACUUUGGACGGUUAGUCAUACAUCCUUAAAUACACUUGGAAGGAAGAUCGGGUGAACUUUGCUCCUUGAGCAACAUAAAGGAGUGGUUCACCUUUAAGUUAACUUUGAGUAUGUUAUAGAAUGGUCCAUUCUAAGCAACCUUUCCUGCAGUCUGUUGCUUGUCUAAGAAUAUUGGCCACAUUCCACCUGCAAGGUGAUCAAAAAGCAAACUCGUAUAACCAGCUGUGUGUAUAUAUGUAUAUAUACAAUCCAAACGUCCUUAACGCACACCGUAAUAUAUAUCUCUAACUGGGUCGAUACCUGGGUGCUAUCUUUACUGGCAAAAUUAUCCAAAUAGCAAAGAAAGAUUCACACCAGGGUUUGUAUAAAAAAAGUUAAAAUUCCAUAUUUAUUGGUUUAUAUUAAAAAAUCGGCCGAUUUAUUCAGUGUUCCAUCAAGAUGUGAAAACUUCCACUUGUACAGAAUAACUUUUCCCUUAAGGUACUUAUAUUAUAUUACUGAUACUAAAUUCCACUUUACUACAGUUUAAUGUAUUUCCAGGCUUUAUGCACGCAGUAUUGGGCUGCAGAUUUGGAGGAAAUAUAAAACCAGCUGUUUUAAUACUGUUUAUUUGUGCACAGAGAAAAAAUCCUUACUGUAUGUCUCUCUGGCUUCUGUGCUAAUAGCAGGACUACCAGUGGUGCAAAGAACAUUUCCAGUCAGGCGUCUAGACUAAAAUAUAUAUACUGUAUAUAUUAUUUGUCGAGCUUCUGUUUAAUUAAUGCAGUUUAAGUAAAUAUAUAUGUAUCUCUUAUAAAUGUGUUAAUAAAUGCUAGAUUUCUAAAAA